UAAAUCUUCACAUUCCAAAAUCAUGGAGCUCUCUUCUCACUCCCUGGUAGAACAGUGUACGCACUCUUUACCAAUUCAAAGCGACACCUAUCUAUACAGUUGAAGGUCUUCCGAAGAUGGUGAAAUAAUAGUGUAGUGUAGAAUAAGUGAUAAAAUGAGCUUAUAAGUUAAGUGAAUGUCGGGAGAACGGGAGAUGCCUUACUACGGGUACCACGAGGGUGGGUCGGACUCGAGUGGGGGGUGUUCAGAUUCUGAAGGGGGGGAAUCGGACUCAGAGGGUGGAUUGAGCACGGAGAGUACGGUGGGCCAAGGCCUACCCUUUCCCGGCUUUACUCCAGUAGCCCUCAGGUAUUUGACACAGGACACGCGGCCUAGAAGUUGGUGUCUCAAACUCAUCACAAAUCCAUGGUUCGAAAGAAUAUCGAUGCUGGUGAUAUUGCUGAACUGCGUCACACUGGGUAUGUAUCAGCCCUGCGUUGAUGACCAAUGCAUCACCAACAGAUGUAAAAUUCUACAGGUUUUCGAUGACAUAAUAUUCGCAUUUUUCACCCUUGAGAUGACAAUUAAAAUGGUAGCGAUGGGUGUUUACGGGCACGGCACGUACCUUGCCGACUCAUGGAAUAGAUUAGAUUUCUUUAUUGUUAUGGCUGGGGCUCUAGAAUACGCUUUGAACGUGGAGAAUAUUAAUUUAUCGGCCAUCAGGACUAUAAGGGUGCUCAGACCAUUGAGGGCUAUCAACAGGAUACCUAGCAUGCGUAUCUUGGUGAUGCUUCUUCUGGAUACUUUACCAAUGUUAGGAAAUGUACUUCUGUUAUGUUUCUUCGUUUUCUUCAUAUUCGGAAUUGUUGGCGUUCAGCUCUGGGAAGGCAUCUUGAGGCAGCGAUGCGAACUUGUCCUACCGCCGAACGUACUACGACCUAACAUCUCGUUUCACUACGAGUUCUCGAAAGAGUUAGACUACAUAUGCACAACGCCGGAAGACAGUGGAAUGCACCUGUGCGGAGACUUCCCACCGUAUCGAUAUGGACCUCUCGUUUGCAAUGAGUCUGCGAGACCAUUUUCUUACAACCAUCCGACCAAUAGUUCUUGCGUUAAUUGGAAUCAAUACUAUACGAACUGUACCCAAAGAGGCUCGAAUCCUUUUCAAGGCACAAUAUCCUUUGACAAUAUUGGUCUCGCUUGGGUUGCCAUAUUUUUGGUCAUAUCUUUAGAAGGUUGGACGGACAUCAUGUACUAUGUUCAAGAUGCUCAUAGUUUUUGGGACUGGAUAUAUUUUGUUCUUCUUAUUGUGAUUGGAUCAUUUUUCAUGAUAAAUCUUUGCUUAGUCGUAAUAGCGACUCAGUUCAGUGAAACAAAAAAACGUGAAAUGGAAAGAAUGCGAGCUGAGCGUGCGCGCUUUACAUCUUCAUCAACGCUAGCUUCGUCGACUAACAAUAGUGAGCCGGCUACUUGCUACGCUGAAAUUGUCAAGUAUGUCGCGCACUUGUGGAGAAGGUUCAAAAGGCGGAUGGCGAAAAAAAUCAGGGUAUAUAAAUAUCAACGAGCUCAAUUACAAUGGCGAACAAGUCGAGAAACACUUCAAUUACCAUCAAAUCGUCCGAAACAGCAUCAUCCUUGCUGUCCUCGUGUACAUCCACAGGGUAAUGGAAAAGGUGUUGAUGAAGCCGGGGACGAACCACUUAGCAGAUCGAGCUUAUUACGAGUGCCUUCGCUCUCUGCCGCAGAUCUUGAGAAUGCAUCAAAUCUAUCACUCUUAUCGCCUCCGUCCCUUGCUCGAAGACGAUCUUCAGUAAUGUUCAGCGACACAGUUCUUCUACAUGUGCCGAACGCACAAAAUUUGGCUCAUCCCCAUAAUGUUUGCUCAUCUGAGAAAAUGACACAAACUGAUUCAUUGUGUCAACGUGACUGGCUUAAGUGCCAAAGUGAGUUCGACCUGCCAGCAGGAGAGACUGCAGAAGAACGCGCUGCUGCAGGUGGAACCAUGUCAUGUCAAGAACUACUAGCAUUAUCUGGAGCUUUAUCAGCCGCCUUACCGACUGGGCAAGUCGCUUUAGAUUCAUUCUUCGAAGAAUUGACGAAAGGAAUCAGCAAACGAGCUGGUGAAGACAAAUUGGACGCGAAGAUUGUAGAAAUAGAUGAUUUUUCAUGUUGUGCUGAACUAAUAGCAGCUGAAGCAGCAGCGGCUGAAAAGAAGAAAGGUCGACUUAUCAAUGCUUGUGUAAGAUUAUGGCGGUUGAUAAUGAAACGGUUUUCGGAUAUACGAAAACAUAUUAAACAAAUUGUAAAUCAUAAAUAUUUUCAACAAGGCAUUUUGUUGGCAAUUUUAAUAAACACAUUAUCCAUGGGAAUUGAAUAUCAUAACCAACCAGAAGAAUUAACCGUUAUAGUUGAAUAUAGCAACAUUGUGUUCUCUGCUAUAUUCGCAGUAGAGAUGCUUCUUAAAAUUAUUGCUGAAGGACCUUUUAAGUAUAUAUCAAAUGGAUUCAAUGUGUUUGACGGUGUUAUUGUGAUCUUAAGUGCAUUUGAACUAGCACAAAGUAUGGGUAACGAACAUGAUUUAGCUGGAAGUUCAGGACUAUCGGUGCUAAGAACAUUUCGACUCUUGCGCAUUUUAAAGUUAGUGCGCUUUAUGCCUAAUCUUAGACGACAACUAUUUGUCAUGUUGCGGACAAUGGACAACGUCGCUGUCUUCUUCUCGCUUCUAGUUCUAUUCAUUUUUAUAUUCAGUAUUCUCGGCAUGUAUCUAUUCGGUGGUAAGUUUUGCAAGUUCGUCGAAGAUAACGGAUCCGAACGGGACUGUACCUGCCCAGAGAUCGUCUCGCAUCAUCCCAAGUGUGAGUGCGACAGGAAACAUUUUAAUAAUAUUCUCUGGGCAACUGUCACCGUAUUCCAGGUAUUAACGCAGGAGGAUUGGAAUGUUGUAUUAUUUAACGGUAUGGAAAAAACCAGUCAUUGGGCUGCGUUGUACUUUGUAGCUUUGAUGACUUUCGGCAACUACGUUUUAUUCAACUUACUCGUAGCUAUUCUCGUAGAGGGUUUCAGCUCGGAGAGAAAUGAAAGAAGGGAACGCGAGCAACGCGAAUUGGCUAAAUCGAAAUUGUCUAGCGAAUGUUUUUCUGACAACAACGAAUUACAAUACGAUGAAUCCAAUUCAGGAUCUCACUCCAGUGACAGUUUUUCCCAGAACGAAAUAAAGAAUUACUGGAAAUCAGCAGACGAUGUGAGGAAAGCGAAGGACGACGUAAACGGUCACAAAGAUAAGACCGUAAAAGUUCGACGUAAAACUAAAGCAUCUGCUCAUCAUCCAUCUCUAUGUAAAGAUUGUGCGCAAUCCAAUAAGUGUAACAUUCAAAAGGAAUCAAAAAUGUUAGCCAAUACUGAGAACAGCACAGUUGUACCAAUGAUUACUCAUACGGCGGCUACACCACAAGAUUCACCAUCAACAACCUUGGAACCCGGAACGACAUUUAGAGACUUUAAAGUAGCUUUGACACUAGAAAGAUCAACAAUGCUGUCGAGCUUAGAUUCUAUUGACCGGAGUUCUUGUACCAGCAUACCAGGUUUAUUAAAACCACCAAAUAGUUACACUCUGACACUUCAUUCUGCAGCUGCUCAGUUAGGUGCUGAAAAAGCCAGACUUCCUCCAAUGUCUCUUGCUCCGCCACCCUUGUCCCUCGCUCCUCCACCAUCCAGAUCUACAUCGCCCGCGUCCACUCCAACCACACCAAGAUCCGUACCUUCUCCGAUGCUCCCAGAAAAAAACCUGCAAGUGACUAUUGCUAAAGACGAUAAUUGUCUGAACGUGAGUGACAAGUCGAGUCUGCUGAGUUCACAAAAAAGUCUCGCUGUAACUACUCCAACUAUAAACGGAGAUGACAAAUGCAGAGUACAGCGGGGAUACAGCUGGCGUCUAUCGAGACCAAGCUUGCGACGCAAAAAGCAAAGAACAGGAUCCGAUUCAGACGCUGUUAUCCUAAAUAAUGGCCGUGACCACACAGCUUGCAAUGGUUCAAAUUUACGAAAGAACGAACUACUUCUGUCUUCUACUAUGGUAAUCAAGAAUGACACGCAAUCAGAGUUUCCGAAUAACCGAUCCAAAGCACAGCUACCGGCUCCAAGAGUUCUUGCGCCGCCAGCGAGAAGAGUUUCAGCUCAUACUACUCCAAUACUACCAGAUGUAUCAUGGAAAGCACCAGAAGCUGGAUUUUCAUCAGACUCAACAGUGAGACUAGACACCGUUAAAGCUCCACCACAUAGAUUAUCCCUCACAAAUGAUUAUUUAACAGUGACCACCGUAUCAGAAGUAAAGGCUAGUAACUUAACGCCGACAACACCACAACUCACUCAGAUUCCACCGCGACCACGAAACGACUCGUUACGACCAAAUAAUCAAGCAUUGCCAUUGAUAAAGCAAAUCAACGAAGAUGUCACAAUAAACAACAACAUUUGUAUUUUCUCAUCGAGAUUCGAUCGACGGCAGUUUAGAUUUAAGGACCUUUUUCGAUUUAUGGAGCCGACGGGGUGUCUUAAGGAAAAAGAGGAUUAUUCUCUUUACAUAUUUGCUCCAAAUAAUAAGAUACGAAGAUUAUGUACGUGGAUGGUUACGAGAAGUUGGUUCGACAAUAUAGUGCUAUUGUUCAUAGCUUUAAACUGCAUCACACUAGCCAUGGAGCGACCUAACAUUCCUCCUGAUUCUAAAGAAAGGUCCUUCCUUUCAAGUGCUAAUUACGUUUUCACCGUUGUAUUUGCGGUCGAAAUGUUUAUUAAGGUGGUGGCAUCUGGAAUGUUCUACGGAUCGGAAGCAUAUUUCACUUCAGGAUGGAACAUAAUGGAUGGGUCGCUCGUCAUUAUAUCUAUUAUUGAUCUAUUGAUGUCUUUAGUAUCUGAAUCUAGUCCGAGAAUAUUUGGAAUUUUAAGGGUAUUUAGAUUAUUAAGAUCAUUGAGGCCUUUAAGAGUAAUAAACAGAGCCCCUGGUUUGAAAUUAGUGGUUCAAACAUUGUUAUCAUCACUGAGACCCAUCGGGAAUAUUGUACUUAUAUGUUGUACGUUUUUUAUAAUUUUCGGUAUACUGGGAGUGCAGUUAUUCAAAGGAGCGUUCUUUUAUUGCGAAGGCGCGAAUAUAAAAACUGUAAGGAAUAAAUCCGACUGUCUAGCGAUAGACGGCAACGUUUGGGUAAACAGGAAGUAUAACUUCGACGAUUUGGGUAAAGCUCUGAUGUCACUGUUUGUCCUUAGUUCGAGAGAUGGUUGGGUUAAUAUUAUGUAUACGGGUCUCGACGCUGUAGGAGUUGAUCAACAGCCGAUAAUAAAUUAUUCGGAAUGGCGACUUCUUUACUUUAUCGCAUUUAUACUACUGGUGGGUUUUUUCGUACUGAACAUGUUUGUGGGAGUCGUUGUGGAGAACUUUCAUCGAUGCAGAGAAGAACAGGAGAAGGAAGAGAGAGUGAGACGGGCUGCUAAACGAGCUCUGCAAAUGGAGAAGAAAAGACGAAAAAUGCAUCAACGACCUUACUAUUCGGAUUACUCCCAAUACCGUCUCUUUGUACAUAACGUUGUCACUUCCAAGUACUUCGACUUAGCCAUUGCAGGUGUUAUCGGUCUCAAUGUCGUCACCAUGGCUAUCGAAUACUAUAGAAUGCCACCAGCUUUGCAAUACGCAUUGAAGAUAUUUAAUUAUUUCUUUACGGCCGUUUUCAUACUUGAAGCAGCUAUGAAACUUGUAGCGCUCGGUUUCAAAAUUUACCUAAAAGAUAAAUGGAACCAACUUGAUGUUAUAAUUGUUAUACUAUCAAUUGUGGGGAUAGUUUUAGAAGAACUGGAAACGAAUAUAAUACCAAUAAAUCCAACAAUAAUGAGGGUCAUGCGAGUGUUGAGGAUUGCGAGAGUGUUAAAAUUAUUGAAGAUGGCAAAGGGAAUAAGGGCGCUGCUAGAUACGGUCAUGCAGGCGUUGCCGCAAGUCGGAAAUCUGGGACUGUUAUUUUUUCUUUUAUUCUUCAUAUUCGCGGCCUUGGGUGUCGAAUUGUUCGGCAGGCUCGAAUGUUCGGAUGAGAUUCCUUGUCAAGGUCUUGGAGAACACGCCCAUUUCGCUAACUUUGGAAUGGCGUUUCUCACAUUGUUCCGGGUAGCGACAGGUGACAACUGGAACGGCAUUAUGAAGGAUACUCUACGGGAGGACUGCGACAGCUCCGUAGAUUGCGUGAGGAACUGUUGCGUGUCAACUAUUAUUGCGCCGAUAUUUUUCGUCGUAUUCGUCCUCAUGGCACAAUUUGUCCUCGUCAACGUUGUAGUCGCCGUCCUCAUGAAACACCUAGAAGAAUCCCAUAAGCAAAUGGAAGACGAAAUCGAUAUGGACGUCGAACUGGAACGCGAACUGGAACGAGAAGCUGACGACGAAGAGGAUAGAGCGUUGUGUCGCGCACUCGAAGAAUGUACUUCACCACCUCGGCCUUUAAAUAAGGUACCCUCCCUUCCGGCAAAUUUCACUUAUAGUGAGCCAAAGCAACAGCCGAUACUCUCACCCGCACGCAGACGACGCACACUACACUCGCACCAUGCUUUACUACCAGCGGCUGUACCGCAAAGACGAGCCUCCCUCUCGCCUCAUGCAUUCGGACGACGUCGACAGGACUCCGCUGAGACUCCAGCCGCACUUUAUGAGGAGGACGCUCGUUUCAUCGAUGCGGACGAUGUCGACGAACUCGAACCAGGAAGUCCGCCACGAAGAGAUUCAUUCGCACAGAACAGAAGACAGCGAGCUGACAAGAGAAACUCACUCCGUGGCGAGGAGACGAGGCUAUUGCGACCAGCUCCAGUUCUGCUCGCGGUCCCCACGACCAGGCAGAGCAUUCGACGAGGUAAUUCUAAGCGAAGGUUAUCCACGGAAUCAGGUGCGCCGAACGAUAUAUCGCGUGCAUCCUGUACUUCACCACAGCUUUCCCCUGAUGAUCCGCCAAUAACUGAAGAGGAGGAAAUCAGGAUCGUCAUAGCAGAAAGACGGAAGAUCGAUUCAGUUAGGCCGGAGUUGGAGGACGUGGAGCUGUCGGAGCGUGGCUCCUAGUCCAGGCGGGGCCGGCCGCAGCAACACCACGAGGUCUACAUCUGAAUCAACCUAGAUCGGGAUUCUAGGUGUGGACCUCUUCCCUCUCCAUAUGACUACCCCGCCUUCCUUCCGCGAGUGUGAUGGAUCGUUCAAAGUUUGGACUCGGUUGUAAAGUGACAGUGAACGAUAUUAAUAAAAUUUGGUGACUUUUUCAAGGAUGAACUAAACUAUAAUCACUUUUUUUACCGAUUGAGUGUGUGUUCGUUUUGUUGUUUGGACCUGUUCUAUUCAUUUUCGUCUGAUCUAUUCCAAAAUCCUUUAUUUUCCACUGCGGCCGGUUCGAUGAUUUGAUCGAGAGACUUUAAUAAAUGUAAGAUUUAAUUUUUAACUUAGUUAGGUAGCCGUUAGAACUAGUCAAUUUUGUGGUGGUGGGAUGUUUUCUACGAGUGCUAAUACUUCAUAACUUGUUUUAGUAAUUUAUUCGUACGGUGCUUGCUGUUAAUGUUUGAUUCGUUGUGUAAAUUUUACUUUAGGACUUUGUAAAUCCUCAACGAAUAAUCUGUUUGCGUGUGAUAAUGUUUAGUUUCAGUUGAUGUUUGUAGUUAUGUUUUAGGUGUCGAAUGUUAGGUUUAGUUUAAAUUUUAAGUACGGGUUUCGAAUCAUUGAAAUUUAGAGCUAUAUAAGUUAACGGUUUGAAAAGCCUAUUAAAAUGUUGUUUUACGUGUUAAUAUUUAGUUUUUACUAUACCAACAUGUAGUAAAGGACUGUUUAGACUCGUAGUGAACUAUAUCUAGUUAAAUCUAUGUCAAUCUAUUAGUAUUAAAAACAGAACCAAAAGUUCGCGAAUUGAGUAAUCUCUUUUAAGACAAAAAUAAUAUUUUCUGAAUAUAAAUGAAUCCUAUUUUCAUACAAAAACAUGUACUUAUUUAGAUUUAAACUGGCAAUACGCACAUGUUAGGACGUAGAAUUACAUUUGAAUUGUAAAAUACAAUUGCAACAAAGCAGAUACAACAUAAAACGAUUUCAUGAACCACUUGUCGAAUUCAGUAGGUUUGAAUAAUCCUAGUGUUUGAAUGUAGUGAUGUAUUUUAAUAGCGGUGCCAAAUUUACAGAUGUUUUAUUUAUUUACAUAUUAAAUUUAUUUACAUAUUAUUAUAUUAUAUUGUGUAUUGUCUUUGAAAUUCUAUUUACUCUAUGCUCAGUAUCAGAUUUUAAGUAAAUUCGAAAGACACCACCCGUGUUUCUUCUUAAUGUAUGUUAUUUUAUUAUAACGUGUGUAGUUCGUUAUGAAAGAUGUCAUUAGUUAGGGAAGUCAGCAAUAAAUUUUAUACUUCGACUGUGCCUUUCCUAUUUCUAAUAUAUUAGCUUGUGAAUCGAUGAUAGACUCAAACUUGAUGUAUAUUGUAGUUCUAACAAAUUAUAUAAACAAAUGUUACAUUUCUUUAAACAUUUCACUUUGUACUUCAAAUAUUACUUCCAAACAGAUUCUAUCAUUCCAAAUUUUCUUAUAUAUUUCAGCACUUUCCUUAUGAGUUUCGUACUUAAAGGUUUUUAUAUUAUUCUUUUGUACUAAUUACGGAAAAUUCAACUAUUGCAUUUUUGUAUCGCAUUGUUCUUGCUUUUAUUUUUCUUUGUAUUUUUUACUUUUUUCUUUACAUAAUAUUGUCUUCCACAAUCCUUUUAUACACAGUAUUUUCAGAUACAAUUGAAUAAUCAUUCUUAAUGAAACUGUAGGUUUUUCCAUUAAAACAACAUAAAAAAAAAAAAAAUCAUGUAAAAUGAAUUGAUUAAAUGGAAUUUAGUAAAAUUAAGAAUAGUAUUUUCGUGAUAAAAGCAAAUUUCGUGAUAAAAUGUUUAAUUGUUUUUUCGGUACUGACUGUAUAAUAAGUUUAAGAGGUAUGAACAAUGUUCAUUAGUUGAGUACACCUGUUACAUUUAGCUGGUGAUCUGUCGAGUUAUGGAAGUUACGAAAUGUUAGGUUGAAAAAUAAAUUUGAAAAAUCU